ACGAGAAAUGUCGACUGUGACAGUACCUGCCGCGAAACCUUCCCACCGUGACGAUGCCAAGCAAAUUUUCGAUGCCUUCAAAGGACUAGGAUGUGAUUCCGGAGCAAUCGUCGAAAUUCUAGCUCACAGAGAUGCCGAACAACGAUCCCUCAUCGAACAAGAAUACGAAUCCGCAUACGGCGAAGAACUUCGGAAACGCUUAUCAUCGGAGCUUGGCGGCCAUCUCAAGAAAGCAGUAUUGCUGUGGAUGCACGAACCAGGGGAACGAGAGUCUUUCCUUUUGAAGGAAACUUUGAAAGAUGAAAGAGCAGUGACUGAAAUCAUAUGUUCUCGAACUCCGUCGCAAAUCAGAAAACUUAAGCGAGCUUACCACACGAACGUCGGAAAUAAUCUCGAAGACGACGUUGAAGAAGUGUUAUCCGGUGACCAUAAAAAGUUAAUGGUUGCGCUUUUAACGACGUCGCGCUACGAAGGCCCCGAGUACGACGAAGUGGAGGUCGAGAAAGACGCGAAAGCGCUGCACUACGCAUUGGAGGACUCUAGUCUGACGGCCAAGACGUUCAUACAGGUUUUCAGUGAAAGAAGCAGGGCACACCUUUGUGCUGUUAGUGACGCCUACAAAACCAUGUACGAGAAAACAUUGGAGAAGGAAAUAAAAGACGAAACCCACAAGCACUUUGAAUAUGGCCUUAAAACAAUACUAAGAUGUGCUGAAAAUACACCAAGGUUCUACGCAAAGGCGUUGCGGAAGGCGAUGAAAGGUCUGGGAACAGAUGACCCUGCACUAAUAAGGAUUGUGGUAACGAGAGCUGAGGUCGACAUGAAGUACAUAAAGGAGGAGUAUCUUAAAAAAUAUGGCAAGACUCUAAAGAAUGCGAUUCAUUCGGAUACAUCGGGACAUUACAGAGGUUUUCUGCUGGCCCUUGUAGGAGAAAAAUAA